AUGGAUCCACCUCAGGAGGGUUACUUUUAUGAUCGGCUGAACCCUUCGCGACAAACGAGAACCUACAGUGUACACAGCAUCAUCAAAAUCAUCAAGGGUCAAGACCAGGAGAAGGGAGAUGAACUCGCUUCUCUUCAAAAGUCGCUGUACGAGCUCAAGCGUGACAUCGCGCUGCAGAGCAAACGCAAUUUCACGCUCGAGAGGGACAUUCGCAACCUCGAUAAGAAGAUCUCUCUUCUCAUCCGGAACAGAAUCAGCGUGGAAGAAAUCAUGGCCAACUCGGGCGAUCUCUCCCUCAUGAACAAGCCAAAUGGCCAAAUCAAGAACAAGAAGGAGCGCGAGGCGUAUGGUGAGCUGUUCUGGCUGCUGCAAAACGACACCAAGUACAUCGCUACGCUGGCCAGGCUCGUAAAUUUGGGUCAAAUCGACAACCUCCUCCAGACGGUGAUGUUCACCCUCUACGGCAACCAGUAUGACGAAAUGGAGGAGCACUUGCUCCUUUCAAUGUUCAGAACCGUGCUCGACGCAGAGUUUAGGGAGGCGACUGGCAUCGGCUCCCUUUUGCGGGCAAACACAGCGCUCACGAGAAUGAUGACCACCUACACCAGACGAGGACCCGGCCAGCAGUACCUCAAGACCACGCUCACGGGAGUACUGUCCAAUCUUUGCUCGCAGUCCAACCUCAUUCUCGAGAUCAACCCGCUAAAGGUCUACAUUGAGAUGAUCAACGAGUACGAAAUCAAGACCGGGCAGAAGUCGACCCUCAACCGUAAGGUCACCGCCGAGGAGGCAGCCGAGAACCCGGAAGCACGUAUAGCUAAGCUGGAUCAAAUCGCCGGCGAGUUCAUCGGCGCGCUGCUGUCUUCCACCGACCAUGUACCCUACGGCAUCCGUUGGAUAUGCAAGCAAAUCCGUGAACUCGUCAGGAGGAAGUUCCCCGAGGCGACCCGCGAGCAGGUGUGCGGUUUGAUUGGCGGGUUCUAUCUGCUUCGAUUCAUCAACCCGGCCAUCGUCACGCCCCAGGCGUUCAUGCUCGUAGAAAACACACUCUCUGCCAACACGAGAAGGAACCUUACACUGCUCGCCAAGAUUCUGCAAAACCUUGCCAACAACAUCAAGUUUGGCGGUGUAAAGGAAUUCUACAUGGAGCCUCUCAACGUUUGUAUAGACAAGAAUAAGGAGACGCUCAACGAGUUCCUUGAAGGGCUGACUGCGGUGGAGAACCUUGAACAGCACCUCAACUUGGACAAGUACCUCGCCCUGGAGCGAACCAACGAGAAUAUGAUCAAUAUCUCCUUCAACGAAAUGUAUUUUAUCCACGAGAUGCUUCACCUGCACAAGAACAGCCUGUGCGUGGAAGACAGGGAUCCCCUGGGGGCACUCCUGGACAAGAUGGGACCCGCGCCAUCACAGCUUCCCAAGAAGGACAACGCCAACAUCGACCUCGUCCUCUCCGAUAGUUUCAGGGAGGAGGAUGUCCAGAUCAACGGGAAGCUGACGCCGGAGCAGAUGUACGCCGAGACCAAGUUCCUGUUGUUCACAAUCAUCAAGUCGCUGCCCGAGAAGGAGGUCAACGAAUGUGCGACGGUCGAGGCCACCCUCAACGCGGCCUGGAAGUGGGCGAAAGAGCACAGUGACAAGCACCUCCUAGAGAAGAUCAAGAGGAUUCAGAAGAACUGCCAGGAUCUGGUCAAGGUCGGAUACCUUAAGGAGAGCGACAACUACGCGCAGCUGAGGAGGGAUGCCGUCCAGGAGCUGUACAACUACGAGGAACAGAGCAAGAAGGCGCGAGUGCUGCUCGAGCGUUUGGACAGCGUUUUGAAGAACGUCACCAACCACCAGAAGUUCCUCGAGGACCAAUACGAGGCCUACAAGAAGUACCUCCAGGACGUUACGAGCAAGUGCGGCGUGCAGACAUCCAACGGCAAGACCAAGAAGAAGAAGGACAAGGUGAAAAGCGGAAAGGAAGCGGGUCCGUUCAAGUUCCCCUACAGCCAGCUCGAGAAGGAUGGCAUCAUCAAAGAGUCCUCCGUCCCCAAGGAAAAGAAGAGCAACAUCGCUUUCUAUUUUUCGUCGUCGAUGCCGGGCGUGUACAAGGUCGUGGUCAAGUUUCGCGCAGUCAAGGUCACGGACAUGGAGCUCGAGCUGGCCGACCUGCUGGAGCGGCAGCAAGAAAACAGGCUCGACUACAUCACCGAGUACCUCACCUUCGACGUCAACCUCCUCCUUCACCUCCUUAACACCCAUUUUGUAUCCAAAUAA